AUGCUCUAUAUGAGUCGUAUGAAGAGAAGCUACCAGGCGAUGGUCCAUAGUGGUCAAAAGAUCGAGUUUAACUUGGCUAGUCCUCCAUGGGGGGAGCUCACUAAAGUGGAAGGGCGCAGUGUACUGAAAGACGGAGUAUCGGAUGCGUUUGCUGUCGCUGGAGGGGGCAAUGGGGGCAAGCUGAGCAUCUCGACCGCCUCUCGCCGUGCAGGAUCUGUGCUUGUCCUUGCAAAUCGGAAUGAAGACGACGACGAAGAACUGGGGUCGACAUUGACUAGUGUACAACGCAAACAGCAACAACGGUGUUCGCUAACGCUAAGCAACUGGAGCUUUAAUCCUGAAAACGCACGCCUGAUGGUCCAAGAAAAUGUGGUGGAGGCGCUGAUUCGACUGUGCAAGGACGGCGACAAGACCACGCGACUGAAUUGCGUCACUGCGUUCAUGAAUCUAUCGCAUCUUUGUGACCUGAGGCGGGUGAUCGUCCAGCAAGGGGCAGUGAAGACUGUGGCAGAGAUUGGUAACGACACCGAGGGCAAGACCAUUCGAACAGCGUGUGCCAUCACGUUGUGUAAUUUGUGUUCCUUGCAGGGAGAAGAAGGACUCUUGGUCGAGGAUGGUGCUGUGAGUGCCUUGUCGACGCUGAUCAACGAACACGAAAAAGUGUCGCACAUUUGCCGUUGUGCAUUAUUCAACCUCACGUGCGUCUCGCAGUCCUACCACAAGAUCGAGAUCGUCUUAAAGGCGUUUAUCUCUCUCACAUCGACGCGAAAUGGCAGUGGGAACGGUGGAUUGGCUGCAAGAGCGGAGGAAGAAUACGACGAUGUCACGGCCAAAGCUCUGUGUAACUUAUCCAACCUCAAACGAAUCCGACUGCGUCUAAUGGAGGAAGGAAUCGUCAGUGCCAUCACGUCGUUGCUGCAUCCAAAUAUCCCUUCGAUCCAGGAGCUUCUAGCACAUAUUUUACUCAAUUUGUCCCGACUUCCGGCUUGCAGGAACGAGAUGGUGGCGAAAGGCUGCAUGGGCACAUUGGUGGCGCUGGCAGGGGCUUCAAAUGCUACCACGACCAAGUGUUUGAUCGGAACCACAUUGUGGAACCUCAGUAAAGACCCCGGGAAUGCCGUACGAAUGGUCCAAGAAGGGUUAUUGUUGCUUGAAAUUCUGCAGGUGUGCGCUCGUACAUUGUACAAUGUUUCAUGUUGCGAGGACUCCCGAUCGAAAUUAGUGGAACGAGAUGCCGUGAACACGUUGUCGUGGAUAUCAAGGCGGUCCAAUGGAGACGAAGCCAAGCAAAUGUGCAUCUUAGCGCUCUGUAACUUGUUAAGUGUGCAGAAGGCAGCAGCGGAUAUCGUGACUGCAGGGGCGAUCACUGCGUUAAUCCAGCUGAGUAUGGCGCCAGGUCAGUCCUACGAGACGCGAAAUCUCUUCUCUAAGGCACUACACGGUCUUUGCGACAAGGCAGCGACUCGGGCUGCUGUCACCGAUGCAGGUGUGAUCCCUGCACUUCUCUUCCUCUCCAGCACCGACAACGACGUGGUUGUCGAUGAAUCUGCUGGUGUUUUGGGCGAAAUUCGAGCUCGAUGCACUGCAGCCUUUGCCUGUUUAGCGGCUGAUAGUCACACAGCAGCUCACGUGUGCAAUGCUGCAGUGGUGCAAUGCGUGACGAGAAUUCUCGUUCUUGAGCACUCUAGCGUCACUAUUGAACGCUACUGCUGCUCGUGCUUGAGUCUGCUAUGUCGAGAUGAACAAUGCUCCCUUAUUAUGGUCGAAGUGGGUGCGAUAGAGAUGGUCCUAGCCACUUGUGUGGAGUCUCACGACCAAGAGAGCAAAGCUUCUUGCUGCCAUGUUUUGGCAAGUGUGUCGCGCCAUCCAAGUUGCUGUAUGGCUUUGGUACGGAUGGGGGUGAUAUCCGUUCUAGCAACUUUAGCAAACAUCAAGGAAAAUGCCACAAUUCAACGCUGUUGUGCCAUCACGCUCGCGAAUCUGUCGGUGGAGCCAGAAAUUCGAGUAACCUUGGCUUCUGCGGGGAUUGUCGCGAUUGUAUCGGUGCUCAGUAACUCGUAUAGCGAAGACAGUCAACGCGACUGUGCCAAAGUGCUGUGUAACUUGUCGUGUAUUCGAGGGAACGAAGCUGCUCUCGUUGGAGAAGGAGCCGUGAGCGUCUUGAUGAUGGUCAGUAUGGUUCGAGCAGUUAGUGUCUCUACAAAGGAGACGUGUAUCCGAGCGUUAUUGAACCUUCUGAAUGCUGAGACUGUGAAGCGCAUGGUCAAGGAGGGACUGGUGAAAAUCCUGUCCGCUUACUCUGGGCUUGGCUCGAAGCAAGUGGCAACGUUCGUGACGAUAAUCUUUGGUAAACUAUUGAAUCAUCCAGUCGGUAGGACCGCUCUGUGUGCCGAGAGAUCGUCACUCCACGCUCUCUUCCAGCUGAUGACGUACGACCUAGAAGCCCCCAAACUGACCGAUGAGCAGAAACAGUUGGCCUCACUACAUGAAAACCUGCUAAGUGAACUCGUGUACUAUGAAAAUUCGCGAAUGCUUAGUGUCCAAGCUGGAAUUCUGGAUGCACUUCAGCGGAUUUCAGUGUAUGAAGAGCAGUAUUCGACUGAUCGGAGCCAUUGUGCACAGAAGGCUCUAGCGCUUGUCUUCUUUACGCUAGCGAAGAGUGAAGACAGUCGGAUAGCAGUGGCGUCGUCCUCGAACUUGGGAAUUGUAUUGAAGUUUCUAAACCUUCACGCUGCGAAGAUCGAUUGUGCCGCGUCUGAAUGUGCAGUGUAUGCAGCAGCGACUUUGUGUUGGUUGGGGUGGCAUGAAAAUACUCGCAAGUUCCUCCAGACCUCCGAGAUCCCUCGCGCACUUGCGAAGAUGCUGCAAAUUCACUCAAACGGUGGAGAGGAGACGCUCGUAUCGUAUUCCUGUGAGGCCAUCAAGACGUGUGUACUCACCCUCUGCUGCCUGGCAAACAGCACUGAGCUCUUGGAAGUGAUGCUAACGGAGAAUGUGUUUGUGGCGCUUGUGUGCAUCUUGUUUCGUCAGCUCAGUCAUGCCACGGGCUUUGCUACUGCAAUUGCUGACCAGCCAGCUCCGACACUCGAACUAUUCUGCAAUCUCGUUGAACAAGUUGUGGCCAAACAGGACGUUAAUUCAGCGCUCGAUUGUGCUGAUGCAUUGUGCAGUAUCGUGUUCACCCGAGUUCUAAAUGCCAUUGGACUACUAUUAAGCGAGGGUCAAUUACCUGAGACCCGUUGGCGCUGUUCCGCCAGUCUGUGGGCAUUGUCGUCUGUAUCUGACUACAGAAAAGAGCUGGUCGAUCUGGGCGUCACACCGAUGCUAGUCAACGAAUCGUAUCGAGCAGCCAAGAUCGCUUCGUUAAGCGCCCUUCAGUGCUGUGCUGGUGCGCUGUGCAGCCUCACGAUCGUCCCUGAACAGAGAAAUUCUGCUAAAAUGGUCGAGGAAGGAGCCAUGCCAGCGUUGAUCCAACUCGCCAAGCUGGAAAACGAGACUAUACGUGAGCACUGCACUCUGGCUCUGUCCAAUUUAUCUGGACCCUCACCGAGAGUGGAAUCUGGAGCCGUGUCGGCAUUCUGUCAGCAACAGUCUGCAGUAUUGAGUCGACCGCCUCUUGUUUGGGGAGAAAGACACAAACAAUUCGCUGUAUUGCCGAAUUUUUCGAUUCAAAUCACACAAAACAGUGCGUUGGAUGAACAGAAAUUUGAGGCUAAACUGUCGGCUAGUACACCACCUCCACCUCAAUUGCCGGCCGUUGCAGCUGACCUAGUCGGUUCACCUACCAGACACCCGAAGAGCGAGACAACAAUUUAG